UGCAGUCACAUCAGUGGCUUGCUUGCUGGAGAUAUGCUCCUUACACAUCCUUCUGCAUUACAAGCAUGGAUUGUCAGCUCUACCCCAUCCUCAUCUCUCUCCUGCUCAGCUGCUCAGGGGAAAUAACCUCUUAUCCUUCCAAUGAAGUUAAUCUUCUGGAUUCAAAAGCAAUUCAGGGGGAGCUGGGCUGGAUUUCCUACCCAUCACAUGGGUGGGAAGAGAUAAGUGGAGUUGAUGAGCAUUACACUCCAAUCAGAACCUACCAAGUCUGCAAUGUUAUGGACCAUAAUCAAAAUAACUGGCUUCGAACUAACUGGAUUCCACGCAAUGCCGCUCAAAAGAUCUAUGUAGAAUUAAAAUUCACAUUACGGGACUGCAAUAGCAUCCCUCUUGUUUUGGGCACCUGCAAAGAAACUUUUAACCUUUAUUACAUGGAGUCAGAUGAGGAUCAAGGGGUCAAGUUUAGAGAACAUCAGUUUACAAAAAUUGACACAAUUGCAGCUGAUGAAAGCUUUACACAGAUGGAUCUUGGAGAUCGAAUUCUCAAGCUUAAUACUGAAGUUCGAGAAGUCGGACCUGUUAGCAAGAAAGGGCUUUAUUUGGCUUUUCACGAUGUUGGUGCCUGUGUUGCCUUAGUAUCCGUGCGGGUAUAUUACAAAAAGUGCCCUUUCACUGUGAAGAACUUGGCCAUGUUUCCAGAUACUGUCCCUAUGGACUCUCAUUCACUUGUGGAGGUGCAGGGCUCUUGUGUCAAUCAUUCUAAAGAGGAAGACCCACCCAAAAUGUACUGCAGUACUGAAGGGGAGUGGCUUGUGCCUAUUGGAAAAUGUCUCUGUGAUGCUGGCUAUGAAGAAAGAGGCUUUGCUUGUCAAGCUUGCAGACCAGGAUUUUACAAAGCAUUUGCUGGAAAUCUCAAAUGUGCAAAAUGCCCUCCACACAGUUCUACUCAGGAAGACGGAGCGACACAUUGCAACUGUGAGAAAAAUUACUAUCGGGCAGAAAAAGAUCCUCCCUCUAUGGCAUGCACAAGACCUCCAUCUGCACCUCGAAACCUUAUUUCCAAUAUCAAUGAGACUUCUGUUAUACUGGACUGGAGUUGGCCACUAGAAACCGGAGGUCGGAAAGAUAUUACCUUUAAUGUGAUUUGCAAAAAAUGUGGUGGAAACAUAAAGUUCUGUGAAUUUUGCAAGGGAAAUUUAAGAUUCAUUCCUCGACAGAGUAGACUAACAAAUACCACUGUGACUAUUAUGGAUCUACUUGCCCAUACAAACUAUACAUUUGAGAUUGAAGCACUAAAUGGUGUCUCAGACCAGAAUGUUCUUACAAGGCAUAUUGCCUCCGUUAGCAUCACUACAAACCAGGCUGCUCCAUCUCAUGUCACUGUAAUAAGGAAAGACCGGACAUCAAGAAACAGCAUUUCUUUGUCUUGGCAGGAGCCAGAGCACCCAAAUGGGAUCAUCUUGGACUACGAGGUUAAGUACUACGAAAAGGAGCAAGAAACAAGUUAUACCAUCCUAAGGGCAAGAAAUACCAACGUGACAAUCAAUGGCCUUAAACCGGACACCACGUAUAUUUUCCAAAUUCGUGCUCGAACAGCUGCUGGAUAUGGACCAAAUAGUCGCAAGUUUGAGUUUGAAACCAGUCCGGAUUCUUUUUCAAUUUCCAGCGAGAAUAGCCAAGUUGUGAUGAUUGGCAUUUCAGCAGCAGUUGCUAUUAUCCUGCUCACUGUUGUUGUGUACGUCCUGAUUGGGAGAUUCUGUGGAUACAAUAAGGCAAUGCAAAGUCCUGAUGAAAAAAGACUUCAUUUCGGAAAUGGGCAUUUAAAAUUUCCUGGUAUCAGAACAUAUGUUGACCCACAUACCUAUGAAGACCCUAACCAGGCUGUACAUGAAUUUGCAAAAGAACUGGACUCCACAAGCAUUGCUAUUGAUAAAGUUAUUGGAGCAGGAGAAUUUGGAGAAGUGUGCAGUGGUCGCUUGAAACUUCCUUCUAAAAAAGAAAUACAUGUGGCAAUAAAAACAUUGAAAGUUGGCUACACAGAAAAGCAAAGAAGAGAUUUCUUGAGUGAAGCUAGCAUCAUGGGACAGUUUGAGCAUCCUAACAUAAUUCGGUUAGAAGGAGUUGUUACAAAAAGUAAACCUGUUAUGAUCGUUACUGAAUAUAUGGAAAAUGGCUCCUUGGAUAGUUUUCUUCGUAAACAUGAUGCUCAAUUUACAGUUAUACAACUGGUUGGUAUGCUCCGUGGCAUUGCAUCUGGCAUGAAAUAUCUUUCUGAUAUGGGAUAUGUCCAUCGUGACUUGGCUGCCCGUAACAUUCUCAUUAACAGUAAUUUAGUCUGUAAAGUGUCUGAUUUUGGACUGUCUCGAAUACUGGAGGAUGACCCGGAAGCUGCCUAUACAACAAGGGGUGGGAAGAUUCCAAUAAGGUGGACAGCCCCAGAAGCUAUUUCAUAUCGUAAAUUCACAUCAGCAAGUGAUGCUUGGAGUUACGGUAUCGUUCUCUGGGAAGUAAUGUCUUAUGGAGAGAGACCGUACUGGGAAAUGUCUAACCAAGAUGUUAUUAAAGCUGUUGAUGAAGGCUACCGAUUACCACCUCCCAUGGAUUGCCCAGCUGCCUUAUAUCAGCUUAUGUUAGAUUGUUGGCAAAAAGAUAGAAACAACAGACCCAAGUUUGACCAGAUUGUUAGCAUCUUGGACAAAUUAAUCCGUAAUCCCUGCAGUCUGAAAGUGAUCGCCAACACUGCUGCCAGGCCAUCAAAUCUAUUGAUAGAUCAAAACAGUGCAGACUUUCCUCUACCUGGACCCCCAGAAGAUUGGCAAAUAGGACAGUGCAAGGACAUUCUUUCUGGGGUUGCCUAUAGUUCCUGUGAAACAAUAGCAAAAAUUUCUUUAGAUGAUAUGAAGACAGUUGGAGUCACCAUUAUUGGUCCACGGAAAAAGCUCAUUAGUAGUAUUAAGCUACCAGAAAACCAUUCAAAAAAUGGACCUGUUAGUGUGUAACCCCAAAAAAAGUAAAUGAAAAUAAGGGACAUCUAUUAUAAAUGGACGGUGCAAUUUUAGCUGAGAAACAGAAAGGAAAUGAUGGAAUAUUUGGGACGCUACUAUGAUUCCAACAGAGACUCUUCUUAAAGAGUAACAAUGCCUUAAAAAUGAGUGAAAACUCUUCUUUUCUACUUCCAAGUCAGGAAGGGUGCAUUUAUUUUGGUAACAUAAAUAUUAUGACAAAUUUAUCAAAAAAGGAAAACAAAUGCAAACGAAGAUGAACCUACUAAAGAAACAACCAUCAAAACAGGUUAUUUAAAUGCAAACACAGGGUUAUUAAAGGGAUACUAAACAAAAGCAUUUUCUUUUAUGAUUCAGAUAGAGCAUGCAAUUUUAAGCACCUUUCUAAUUUACUUCUAUUAUCAAUUUUUCUGCGUUCUCUUGGUAUCUUUAUUUGAAAAAGCAGGACUCUAAGUUCAGGAGCCUGUCCAUUUUUGGUUCAGCACCCUGGGUAGCGAUUGCUGAUUGGUGGCUACAUUUACCCACCAAUCAG